GGCGCGUGUGGUGCACCUUUUCCUCCUUCUUCGUGCUGCACGCGCCUUCCUCGGCGGAGGAGGAGGGAGCAAAAGAAGACAUCCCCUGAAAAUAAGACCUAGCGUGUCUUUGGGAGCAAAUAUUAAUAUAAGACACUGUCUUAUUUUGGGGGAAACACGGUAUAUGCAUGGGGACAGUUGCACUCACAAUAGAUACCUUCUGUAUUCAAUCAAGGCACAUCUUUGUGUCAUUGCUAAAAAUAUACCAAGACAUUUCCCCUCAUGUCCAGGACCAUGAGGUAAGGUGUUAUAUUAGUGUGAAUGUUGAAUCAAUCAUCUUGAUUAUUGGUUACAAGUUUGAAUUGCAUCACAACACAUGGAAGAGUUAUACAAACAAUUAUUACAGGGUUUUAUUUGCAAAACAUCAUGGCAAUAAGCUUUAGGUAUGAAACGUAUUGAAUGAUUCACUCAUUGGAAAAGAGUUUGCUGUCUGUGGUCCUCGGCUAUUUACACUCAUAAGACAUGUCCAUUUUUGUGCUUUAUAAGAACUGUGUUCUGUGACUCCAGCUUGGCUAAUCCAGAUGUCCCUAGCCACUUAAUUAGUCUCUUGUAAUAGCUUUUGUCAGUUGUUUACAUGAAAGCAACACCAGUACUUUGCAAGAAUAUACUGUGCCCUACAAGAUCACAUGUAUGUUUGUGUGUACAUGAGAGAGAAAGAAGGGGGGAGGGAGAAAGAGAGAGGAAUAAAUGAAAUUGGUGCAUAUAUAUAUAUAUAUGCUCAAGUUUAGAAAUAAUGGCUAUAAUUUAAACAGAAAUACAGUAGAUGCUCAAUCACCCAUUGCUAAUUAUUGAUGGAUAGUUCUCCCAGUUUCUUACUAUUUUUCAUCAUUAAAUGUGGUUUAGACUUCAAACAGGGGACUGUUCUUUUUCAGAAAAAGGACUAUUCUGGGUAAAAUAAGAUGCAUGUUUGUCCUGCAUGCUUCCAAAGUGCCAGCACAAAAAGCAAUAAGGAAAAGAGCUCUCACAUUAGAGAACAAAGAGCCUCUGCUAGCAACAGAGAAGCACAUUUCCUAUUGUAAGCUGCAUAGAUGGUCACAUAAAUAAAGCCAUUUUCCAACACUGAAGAAAGGCCUUUCAGUUCAGGUCAGAGUGUUCUUUUCUGCUUACCAGAUAUUCGUCGGAACUACUGUCUGCAGGUUGAAGAGAAGAGAAAUGCAAUGACAGAGCCCCUCAUAGUGACACCUUCAGGGAGAUCUUCACUACAGGCAGGUUAAUGAUUUCCAGGGUGAUGCAGAAAGGGCUAAAGGCCUUUCCAAGGUUCACCAGCCAGGAAAUAUGUGGAAGUGCCUGCCUCUGACUCAAGUCUCAAUGUUGUGACACUCAUACAUAGGAACAUCUACUUGGACAGGAACAUCCCUUUCUGGGCCUGCACUGGUGAAGAUAAUGGAAAUAGCAGCGCUCCAAAAGAUUGGUGUUGGCCUUAUGGGCUUUGGGGCUUUCUUCCUCCUUUUUGGAAUGCUGCUUUACAUGGAUUCAGUACUUCUGGCCUUUGGAAAUAUUCUGUUCCUGUCUGGAUUAGCUGUUACCAUUGGACUAAGAAGAACUUUUGAUUUCUUCUUCCAGAAACCAAAGCUUAAAGGAACCAGUUUCUUUCUAGGAGGCAUAAUAAUUGUCCUGCUUAGGUGGCCAGUCCUGGGAAUGCUGCUGGAGAUCUAUGGUUUCAUUAACCUCUUCAGGAGUUUUUUACCAAUUGCCUUUGGAUUUCUUGGGGCACUGGUGAAUAUACCAUUUUUGAACAAGCUGUUCCAGAAAUUUGGAGACACCAGUUCUUUGGUGUAGUCUGGAUGAAUGACCUAUCCAAGGGACAACUUCAUUUCUUACAAGCAAGAACUACUUUAAAAAACAAACAUGAAGAACCUGUUAUUAUCACAAGGAUAUAUAAUUUAGGCUCUCAGUCCUACCUUUAUAUGAAGUGAUCUCCUACAAGUAUGUACAAAUCAACUGAAAGGAAUUACUUGGAGAUGUUGGUUGUAUGAGCAUGGGGUAAGGGUUCUACAUCCUUUUGCUGGUUUAUCCCCAUCUUAAUGUUCUUCUGCAGAGGAGCUUACUGAGGCUGUUAAAUGGAUGGAUAACAGCUGUGAACCAUGAACUCAUUGAGCAAAAUCAUCAGUUAAAGUUAGUUCUCAGUUAGCUCUCAGAAAGACACGUCCAAGUGGUAUUGUUAAUUUUCAAAAAAGUAGGACUGAAUAAAUAAAGUGUCCAGAUUUUUUUUUCAUUACUGCAUUGAGGUGGAGAAUCUGAGUCCUUCCAAGUGUUUUUGGACUAAUCCCAACUUUGCACUUGGCCAUUUUAAUUUGGCCAUAUUAAUUUGGGGUGCAUCUACAUCUACAUUGUAGAAUUAUUGCAGUCUGACACCAUGUUAAUUGCCAUGGCUCAAUGCUGUGGGUUAAUGGGAGUUGUAGUUUGAUUAGGCUCCAGUAUUAUUUAGCAGGGAAGGCAAAAGGUAAAAUCACAGCUCCCAGGAUUCCAUAGCAUUGAGUCAAGGCAGUCAAAGUAGUGUCAAACUGCAUUAAAUCUACAGUGAAAAUGCUCCCAAAGUCUAUCUGAAAGUCAAAAUCAAUCAAUGUCUGAAGGCCCUGAUGUACAUACUGGUUUUGAGGGGUUUUUUCUUUUCUUUUGUGUAUGUGAGCAGGAGACUCUCAAUGCAUGUGUUGAAAAACAUGCUGCAGUGCUUGGAGCACUACAAAAACCUGCAAAACCGCAUCAGCAGAAAUAACAGUGAAAGGAGCAAAUAUUCCAAGAACAGUUAUACCUUUAACUCUCUGAACUAUCCAACAAAAGGUAUACUAAGAUAAAGGCAUAAGCAGAUAUUGGAAGAAAAAUUGAAGUUGGGAUGUACAGAAGAUUUGAAUUUGAAGAAACAGCUAUGAUUUCAAAGAACAUGUACAGAAUAUAUCUUCCCUCAAAUGCAGAAACAGGGUGCUGAGAAUAAAUGUUAGAAUAUGUAAAAAGUUAUUCUGGAUUUCCUAUAUAUAUUUCAAGUAAAAAAGCAAAACAAUUGGGAGUGUCACAAAAGAUUGGAGGUUGCUUUAAUCUACAAGCUAUAGUUUGGACAGUGGCUAAUUAAAGGUCUCAGAACAUGAUUUGGCCACUUUGCAAAUGUGUUUUUCCCCCUAUUUUUGUAUUCAAUAACACUUGUUUAAUUAUAAAAUAAACCAAGUUAUCUAAA